AAAAAAGGGCAGGCCAUGGCACGGGAAGUUGACAAAGCGAGUCCGAGACGUCCAGCAGCCGCAAAGGGGAUAGCGUCAGAUUAAAUAUUGGUAAUCAAGAUGUUCGUCACCCCCAGUCAGAAAUCCCCCCCAGCCGCGGACUUUGUGAUUAGUAGCACGCCGCCUCCCGCAAUAAUUAGCCAUCGAUGCUGCAUCAGCCAUGAAGAAAGAGACAAAAAGCUGCUGAAGAUUCUGUCAUCCGUCCAAUUGUACCCCAUGUUCUGAGUCGUGAGGCUUUCACGAUCCCCCCGCAGCGAUUGUUAAU